GCGGGAAACUUCCCACAUCCUGACGUCAAGCCAACAUGUGAUAUUUUCUUCCCGUGCUGCCGCACACCCCGACGCAGUCACGCAGAAGCUCUUCAGUGGUCGAAUGGGAGUACCAAUCAAGGUGGUGGCCGAGCCCCGUGCCCGUUAGCGAUGGGCUCCCUGGGCCCCCCGGUGCCGCUCCUGUGCGUCCUGCUGUGGGUAUCGGCGGCACCGCAGCGCUCGGACUUGCAUUUGGCCUACGUGACGCACGACAGCUUCUACUACUACUCGUGCAGCCAAGAGCCGGACGCGUGCAACCAGGCCUCUCUGGACGCCUGCUGCUGCAGGGACAUCACAAUGCCAAGUCUACGACGCCUCCCGGCGGCGCCCUUCUCCUCGCCCGUCUUCCACAUGCGGCACCUGACCGUGUGGUACACGUCGCCCCGGAACGCCGCCCGCCUGCUCAACAACUCGGAGGUGCUCCACCUCACGCUGAUGGACUGCGGCAGCGGCAGGCGUGGGGAGAGCGCCGCCCUUCCUUUGGAGGGACACUUUGCGGUGCAGCACCUGGAGCGACUGAGCGUCAUCGACUUCCCGCAAACACCCCAAAGAAAGAUGGAGCCCGAAAGUGACAACGACCUCCAUUUUGACGCCGACAGGUGGAGGUGUCGGGCCACGGUGGCGCAGGUGCAGGACAUCUUCCUGGGGCGUGAGCUGGGGGCGGCGUUCCACGAGCAAGCCCGGUUGGGCGUCAUCCACGGUUCAGUGCUGCGGGGCGGCGCCGCCGGCGUCAAAGUGUACACGGUGCAGACGCAUAUCGACAGCGAUGGCACCAUGCCCUUUCCCGACCUGCGCCUGCCCAAACUGCCGGAAACGUCCGUCAUCUACGUCAGCUUUGUGUAUAAGAGGGAGCAAAGCGAGGAUUAAACGCAUCACAUUUAACAGUCACCAGGAAGACCUGAGCCAUUAUGUUGAAGUGUUUUAUUGAUCUUCAAUAAAUGGCUGAAAAGUGAA